GAUAUUGUGGUGUUUUCUUCUGGAAUUUUGGGAGGGUUUUUAUUAACUCUGUAACGUAGAAUCCUCAGUCCCGUAGUUCUUCGGACCAUUCUAAAUUUUUUCUAUUAUAGUCUAAACUCUCCCCAGGGAUCCCAAUUAGUUGAGAUAACAAAGCGUGGUUUGACUAAUCCUGCUUAAAUUAUUCGACAAAGCUCACUUGGCACUUCUAAAGGUAAUCUGAUCGCUUAAAAAACGACUCUCUGUCGAUUGAGGGAUGCAUUCUGAAAAGUUGGCAGUUAUUGAAGUCAAGGUGAACUUCUUGUCUUGUCAGGCACUGGAAGAUAUCAGCGCGGGGUCUUUUUUAACUGAUCUCUGGGGUGCAGUGAAAAAUUCUCCAGAUUCUCACACUGUGCAUGUUGAGAAAAACAAGCAUGUGACUCCUGAAGGGGUUAUGAAAUAUGUCAAUCAUUCUUGUGACAGUAAUGCAAAAUUUAUCUUUGAAAAGCGCAAAGUGUCAUUUCCAACCCGAAGUGACAAUCACGAAGUCUGUUGGCAUAUGGUGGCCACUCGUAACAUCAAGAAGGGCCAAGGAAUCACCUUUGACUACAAUCUAACAGAAUAUGACAUGGCUGAACAUUUCCAGUGCAACUGUGGUUCAGAGAAAUGCCUAGGUGAAAUAAAAGGCUUUAAAUAUUUGACACCAGAGCAACAGAAGUCCAGGGCAAGGGAGUUAUCUCCAGUUGUUACUGAACUUUGGGAAGAAAAUGCUUGAAUUGUAUAAUAUUAUAAAUUGAAUUCUGGUGUGUCAAAAUACUUCAGACUAAUUAAAUAUUUACUGACACUG